UGGACUGGUCGUACUGGAAAACGGGAAGACGGACUCGGUUUGUUUUUCUUCUCCCAGUCACUCAAAACCAGUAGAGCUGUUGGUUCUGUGGUUGGAUUCCGUCAGAUAAGAGUCUAAGGUCGAAAACUAGACCGGAAAGACCAAGCUGAAAGGUAAAGAACACGGAAAAAUUAAUCUAGAAAGGGAGGAACCGUCACCCCUUUGACCCCCUCCCUAACACACACACACAUACACACACCAUGACGAUUCUUCCGAAGAAGAAGCCGAACUCGGGUGUCGGGGUCUCGGAUCAUGCCGACGACAACGACCGCCGGAGCGGCCCAGACCCGCACCAGCACCCCCAUGCGCACGGAGGGCGGACGGGAACCCGGCCGAGGGCUUCUCCUCCCCCGUGGUCCUACCAGCCCGCGCCGCCUUCGGCCAGGGACGACAGGCGGAACAUCGAGGCCAGCUCCCGGCCGCAGCAGGCCUCUCCCCCGCCUGUCGGCUCCGUUUCUCCCGUAGGACCGGUUGACGGCAGAGACAGCAGCGGAGGGAUAAUUGCCGGUUCCCGGGGAGAACUUGUCGUGUCAGCCGGCGUUGGUUGCGGUGGAGGUAUCGGCAGCUGCUGCUCGGGGCCCGGGCUUAGCAAGAGACGGCGGCAGGCCGGCACCUGCUCCGGCGGGGUAGUGGCUCUUGCCGGGGGAGGCCAGCCGGGGGUGACCGGGCCAGGUGGAGUUGGGUCCAGCCAAGAGUCGGAGGAAGGAGCGGGAGGGAACAACAGCGAGGAUGAAUACGAAAACGCCGCUAGGCUGCAGUCCAUGGACCCGGCUACCGUGGAACAGCAGGAGCACUGGUUUGAGAAGGCUCUUGGGGAGAAGAAAGGUUUCGUCAUCAAGAAGAUGAAGGAGGAUGGAGCCUGUUUGUUCAGAGCAGUGGCUGACCAGGUGUAUGGAGACCAGGAUAUGCAUGAGGUUGUUCGUAAACACUGUAUGGACUAUCUGAUGAAGAAUGCCGACUAUUUUUCCAACUAUGUAACCGAGGACUUCACCACAUACAUCAAUAGGAAGAGGAAAAAUAAUUGCCAUGGCAACCACAUUGAAAUGCAGGCCAUGGCAGAGAUGUAUAACAGACCAGUAGAAGUUUACCAGUAUGGCACAGAGCCAAUCAACACGUUCCAUGGCAUCCACCAGAACAAUGACGAGCCAAUCAGAGUGAGCUACCACCGGAAUAUCCACUACAACUCAGUGGUCAAUCCCAACAAGGCCACUAUAGGAGUGGGCCUGGGCCUGCCUGCAUUCAAACCAGGGUUUGCUGACCAGUCUCUGAUGAAGUCAGCCAUUAAGACGUCAGAGGAGUCGUGGAUUGAGCAGCAGAUGUUGGAGGAUAAGAAGAGAGCCACAGACUGGGAGGCCACUAAUGAGGCCAUUGAGGAGCAGGUGGCCAGAGAGUCCUACCUGCAGUGGCUUCAGGACCAGGAGAAACAGGCCAGACAGCCUCGAAAGGCCAGUGCCACCUGCAGCUCGGCAACAGCAGCAGCUUCCAGUGGACUGGAUGACUGGAGUGCCCGGUCGCCCAGGCAACGUGACACUGACCCCUCCCACUCUGACCUAGCAACCACCCAGGCAACCAACAAGCCCCCGUCCCCUGCAGGAGCAGCUCUCAUACUAAGCAAACCUCCCUCUCCCUGCGCACCAGGGCCCAGUAAUCAGAGUCGUCAUCAUUUGGAGUACAGAGCCAUCAUGCAGGAGAUGUCCCCUACAGCGUUUGGUCUGACAGACUGGGAGGAUGAUGAAAUCUUGGCGUCUGUCCUGGCGGUGUCCCAGCAGGAGUACCUGGACAGCAUCAAACACCAGAGCGCCACCGUACACAGAGAGAGAGACCGGGAGAGAGAACCGUCACCUGACAGCAGCUGAUACACACACACACACACAUACACACAACUAUACAAAAACAACCAUGACCUUUGACCUGUACCCAAACCCCACAGCCCCAGCCCGUGGAAGGAGAUCUACCAGGGAAGAAAUGAAUAAAAAGUAAUUCUCAUGACGAUUCAUCCAUCCAUCCAUCCAUUCUUCUUCUUCUUCUUCUUCUUCUUCUUCUUCCUCUUCCCUGCAUCCUGCUAUCUCCUCUUGUUCCUGCCGUACACUCCUUCCGGCCACUAGCUCUCCAGCAUCACAAGACCCUCCCCCCUUUUUUCUUCUGCUUGCCACUCAGAGGGAGGCUAGCUAUAAAGCUGGUCUGGGGUCAGUUUCUAGUAGUUUUUAUUUUUGUCACCAUGACAGGAAGGGAAGAAUAAACAGUUGUUUAAGAUGCCAAACACAACUAGUUAACUGCUAGUAAGCCGCUAGUUAACAACUGCUCUGUAUCAGGGAGCUGGUCCACUUCCUUUAUAAAAGCACAACACAGACUUUACCUUACUCAAGUCUUUAUCAAGCCACAUCUACGCUGUUUUAGUGCUGUGGAACAGUGUUUAGCAGGAUAACAGAAGUCAUGAAAAUAUGAGUUCUAAAUCAUAGCCAUGAAGUGGCAAGCUAGCUGGCUAGCUAACAUAAUCAGUGGCAAUGUUAAGUCAAAUGGGUUUGAGCUAGCGCCAACUGGUGGAAAAAAACAGCUUAAAAUGAAAUUUCAUUUUGAUGAUCUCCUUUAGCUUGCUAACCUGUCAGCUACCCUGACUGUCAGCUGGUGUGUGUUUUUGGACAGAGGUCAUUUUAGUUCAAUUUUUUAGAGCAGCAUUAUUUUCCAUGGAGUACCAAUGGUCGGGGUUGUAAAGCAUGUCCUGUCUGCAGACUGUCGGCACACAGACCAGUGAUCUCUGGUCAACAAUACCAAAACUAAUGGUGCAACCUUUGAAAGGCUAGUAGAUAACUUCAGUCCUCGGCUGACAACAUGAAAAUGCUUUUACCAUCAACUCUCAUUAGGAGGUCCUUUUGUUAAUAUCUAGUGUACUGGUUAAAAACUGACCGUAUCUGGAGGAUUUAAGAGUCCCGCUGUUUUCCUGUCAUGCCAGCACAAAUAAGUCAGGUUUAAGUCUGGUUUAUAUUGGGCCAAACUGGAGUCCAGAGUUCCCUGAGGAGCAUCCGGUAAUUUGACUGUUAGUUCAUUCACUUAAAGAUCAAGCCAGUAGAGCAGUAGUGUGUCCUGAUCAGAGGUGUUCCUACAGUACAGACGACCAGCUGAGCUGUUCAGGUGGGACGACCAGCUGAGCUGUUCAGAUGCAGCUCAGUGUCUUAAAACGCUUUCUGAGUCUGACGGCUAAAAAAAGAUUUUGGAAGUCUUGAGUUCAACGCCAUCGCCUGAUCCCUCCCCUGCACAGGUCUACAUGAUGUCAUUUCUAUGAUUUGUGUCACAGCCAUGAUCAGCAGCCAUUUUGCAUCUCUACGAAAGACGUUCAGGCUCAUUUAACUGAGGAGACAAUGGCCGACAUGGAGGUAAACCAGUACUGAUCCCUCAUCAGCCCAGACCGACAUCUCACCCUGUCUCUGAGACAUCCCUGUCGUCUCCCUCUUUCUCCUCCUCGUCUUCCUCACCACUACCACCAUCAUCAUCAUCAUCGGUCUUAUUUAGUUGCAUGUUUAAUUGACCAUGACCAAUAUCAUCAUAGAAAAAGACAAAAACUACAAAGAAAAAAAAACUAGAGAAGAAUUGUCAUACUUAUCCUCUUAAUGAUUGAUUAUUGUUAUUAAUAAUAUAAGUUUGUUUUAUUUUAUUUUCUUGUUUGGGAUGAAUAUACCUUUUUUUCUUGGAAUAAAAAGAGGACAGUGUUUCG